UAAGCCCAGCCAGACAGCUAAGGAAGUCACCAGCAAGUAUGACCUUAGACCUCAGUUCCUCCAAGCCGGGGCGGGGGUCCCUGGAGUGCGAGGGGGGCCCGGGGACCUCGCCACUCACCCCCCCUCCUUAUGCUGGGGAGGGGGCCCUGGAGCUCCGAGGGUCUCUAGAUUGUUGGGCUUGUGCAGUGCUGGUCACUCUCCAAAACCUGCUGAUCGGCGUGCUCAACCUUCUCCUGGCUGGAUGCAUCUUUGGGCUGGUCCUGUUGCCGGCCGGGGUCCUUUUGGGCUUCGGAUUUCUCUGCCACUCCAAGUUCCUCAACACCCAGGAGCACUACUGCACCAGCCACUUGCACGACUCGGCCGCCGUGGGCCUGCUGGUGGUGGGCUUCACCCUGUUGGUGCCUCUCCUGGUCCUGGCCCUGGCCGCCUACUGCCGCCUGGCGCGCCGCCUGCAGCUCGGCUACUGCCUGGUGCCCUACAGCAAGGCCAUCUACAAAAACCUGCCCGCCAGCCGCUACCACAGCGUGGGCAGCUGCGGCUGCUGCGCGCAGGACCUGGAUGCCGCUGGGGAGAAGGUCUGGGUGUGAGGGGGGGCCUGGGGGUAUGGGGAGUCGUGGCACGGAGAGGCCUGGCGAAGACACCUGGGCGGAAUGGACUGCCUUACUCUGGGCACGGAGGAGCUGGCUGGCACAAAUCCCCAGGAGGAGCCCGCCUCCGUCGCGCAAGAGGAGUCAGCUUUGUUUUCACGCACCGGGAAAAGAAAAUGAACUUUUGGGGGGGGGGUUGAGUCCGUCUCUUAAGCGAGGACUCUCAAAAGCUUCCUCUUCUUCUCCAUCUGCCGCGUGGAGCUGGGACGGCCCCACGAACUCGGGACACGCCUGCUCGGUUGGCCCCACGUUCCGGUUGCUGCCUUGCGAAGCGGUGAUUUUUUUUCCCAACCUUUUUAAGAUGGAGGGACUUCGACUCCCAGAAUGCCCCAGCCAGAGCAUGCGCUGGCUGGGGCGUUCUGGGAGUUGAAGUCCAGCCCAUCUUUAAAAAGUUGCCGAGGUGAAAAAAAAAACACUCAGCUAAUGCAUUUACGGAAGUUGCUGCGAGCGAAUUAACCAGAAAUUCUUUUUUAAUUGUUGUUGUUAUUAUUAUAAUACACUUUGUACAUGGAGAAUCUGA